AUGGCCAACCGAAGGGCAGUCAAGCGCCAGACUAUAAACACAUUGCACAACAUGCAAACCCUAGCAAGGGUUCAAGCACAGCUAAGGGAAAGAAAAGUCAGAUUGUCAGAAGAGAACCAAACUCUACACAAGCAGAGGCAACUCAAGCGUGAGAAAGAACUGGAGAAAUUUAAGCUGGGAGAGGAUUGGGUUGACAGUCCGCACUCAAAGGAACAAUUUCAAGCUAAAAUACAGAAGAAACAAGAGGCUGCUCGAAGAAGAGAAAGAACACUAGCUUAUGCCUACUCGCAUCAGUGGAGGAGCAAUUCUGCCAGGUCCAAGAAACCAGCUCUCAUAGAUCCCACAAAGCAACAAUGGGGCUGGAGCUGGCUUGAGCGCUGGAUGGCAAUCAGGCCAUGGGAGACCAACCAAAGCUUUAUCACAGGCAGAGAUUCAUCCUCUAAAAAGAAUGGAGGCUUAAACAAAGCUCCCUCAGUUGCGUCAAAUGAUGAUAUCUGUGGCUUGUUUGGCUUUCAAUCUGAACAACAUAAGAGAAGGCACAGUCUUGGCAGUUCAUUUUGUUUUGGAGACGUUGAGAACAGAGGUAAGUCGCGGUUCCAGGCGCCGCUAACUGGCAAGUCAAAGGCCAAGAAGCCAUUGCCGUUAACUUCUGCUUCAAGGAGGCUUUCAGGCCCCCAAAGGAUGGCAAGCUAUGGGAAGCUAUGGUAG